AUGAUUGAUGAUGAUGAUGAUGAUGAUGAUGAUGAUGAUGAUGAUGAUGAUGAUGAUGAUGAUGAUGAUGAUGAUGAUGAUGAUGAUGAUGAUGAUGAUGAUGAUGAUGAUGAUGAUGAUGAUGAUGAUGAUGAUGAUGAUGAUGAUGAUGAUGAUGAUGAUGAUGAUGAUGAUGAUGAUGAUGAUGAUGAUGAUGAUGAUGAUGAUGAUGAUGAUGAUGAUGAUGAUGAUGAUGAUGAUGAUGAUGAUGAUGAUGAUGAUGAUGAUGAUGAUGAUGAUGAUGAUGAUGAUGAUGAUGAUGAUGAUGAUGAUGAUGAUGAUGAUGAUGAUGAUGAUGAUGAUGAUGAUGAUGAUGAUGAUGAUGAUGAUGAUGAUGAUGAUGAUGAUGAUGAUGAUGAUGAUGAUGAUGAUGAUGAUGAUGAUGAUGAUGAUGAUGAUGAUGAUGAUUGA